AGAAAAAGUGAUGGAUCCCAAAUGAUGAUGAUGCAGGACAAAGGAGUUUGGGGCCAAGCAGUGCAAUGUCUGUGGCAUUAUAUAUGAGAUUGGCAAUCCUGAAGAUGAAGCUUCUCAUGAGGAGCAUCAUAAUAGCUUUCUCAACACCCUCAGAUAUAUUGGAUGGAAGAAGGAAAGGCUAGUAAGGGACUUGGAUCAUCAUGGAGGAAGGGUCAUUAUGGUUUCACCUACAGACCCUCAGCAUUGCUGGCGUAAAGUGGAGGAGAUAAGAGAGAUAGUUGACCAAGAGCUGGGCUUUGCUGAAAAUGGGAUCCGUGUGAAAGAAAACACAAAGGUCUUCUUUUAUGUUCUUGAGAAGAAAAUUGUUGGCUGUCUUAUUGCUGAGACCAUAAGGGAAGCACACAUGAUCCCAGAGAUCACCCAUAAGAGGGGGAGGCCAGUUAUGUGCUGCUCUGAAAAACGGUACAAAGUAUGGGCUGGAAUUAGCAGGAUUUGGGUAUUAGCUUCAGAAAGAGGGAAGGGCAUUGCCUCAACAUUGGUUGAUGCAAUGAGAAGUAACUUUCUCACCAGCCAUUUCCUGACUCUAGAUGAAUUUGCUUUUUCUGAUCCCACUGAGAGCGGAAUGGGCUUUGCUGAGAAAUACACUCAGAGAAGAGAUUUCCUCGUUUAUCGUCGUUAGUGUUAAUGUGAACAUUUUUUAGUUUAUUUGAAAUGAUAGAUAUAUGCUUGUGUUAUAUUUAUACCGAAAAUAUUUUGAGAUAGAUAUUUUUAUUUAAAUCAUACUGUACUGUUCUUCCUCAGUACUUUCUGCAGUGCAAGGAAAUUAAAAAUGUUUUAUUUUUUAUUACAUUUGUCUAUGCAUAUACAAAGUGUAUUUUAAGUUUGUAGGGUAGCUGUAAAAAUUAUAUUAAUAAAAUGCUAAGUAAGCAUUUAUCCAGCUCUCAGACUUGGCUAAUAUUUUAAAAAUAACCCAGGAUUUGAGUUUCAAGAA